AUGCAGCAUCUCCGCUUGGUGCAGAGAAUGGCAGCACUCAUUGAUGAUGCCGACUAUGAUGUCGGCGAAACUUUUGAGAAUGUACCAAGUCCACACUCUGAUGCUGGGAAUCAUGACAACUACUAUGACAGACGACUUUGGACUAGAAAUCUGUGGACGCCUAUCUCUGGUCACAUGCGGCAUCUCCGCUUGGUGCGGAGAAUGGCAGCACUCAUUUAUGAUGCCGACUAUGAUGUCGGCGAAACUUUUGAGAAUGUACCAAGUCCACACUCUGAUGCUGGGAAUCAUGACAACUACUAUGACAGACGACUUUGGACUAGAGAAUUUGAUGAGUAA